GUCUGAGGGAUGUCACCAUCACGUCACAGACACGGCCCUGUUUUGAGUGGCUCCAUGUGGUGGCCCUCUAUCAGAAGAGCAGCUGGGAGGAGGAGGGCAUGUCAGCAACAAAGAGCAAGAAGAUGGACAGGAGGACGGAGCAGAGUGGCAGGAAGGGGCCUGGCCCCACAUUGCACACCUCAUGCCACAGGGAUGGACUCUCCCCAUGUCCCCAAGAGCCCUUGGGGGCCACAGCAUCCCAGCACUGCCAGGGCAUUCCGUCAGAAGACGUGAGUGAUGGUUCCAUGCCUUCUCCAUCCAACAGCAGAAACCACCGUCGCAAGAGUUCCAUAUUCAGCUGGUUGAGGUCACAUCGGAAAAGACAGCACAGAAACAGGUCGCAAAAAAAAUCAGCCUCUGGAAGAAGUUUGCCAAUGGAAAGACAAGAAAGAACUUCAAGUCCACCUGCCAGCUCAGAGCUCAACAGGAACUUACCCUCCAAUAUCAGCAUGGAGGAUCUCUCCAAAUCCCUGAUGGAGUCCUUGGAUACCACGGAAAUCUGCCUCAGCCUGCUGGCCAAAGUGGGAAAAAACAAUGACAACGAUGCUCAAAGGGUCCGUGGGGGCUACUGGAGUGAAUACCCCGUCUGCAUGCAGUGCUGUCGGUGCCUGGAUGACAGCUGCCCACACCACAGCAGCUCCUCAGCCAACACAGCCAUGGCCACGCUGACUGCCUCGCUCUGCUCCGUGGAUAUGAUGUUGUGGGAUGAAAAGGUUAAGCUGAAGGUUGGGUUGCUCUUUGAGUUGUCCGUGGGUGAGACUAUAGUGCAUGUAUGGGUGGAAAACGUGUUGCUGCCCAAAUGUGGCAGCGAGGAAGACUGCGAAGAGUGCGGAGAGCCCCUGUCUAGAAGGCCCAAAGACUUGGAGAUGCAAGAAGGGGGGUCCCUUCCUACCACAACCCCCGUGUGGCCCCUGCCCCCGUGGGCACAGCCAAUCCCCCCAGAUGCCCUGGAACGGCUGCAGAGAGCAGGGAUGGAGCCUAUGCCCCAGGUGGAGUACAGGGGGUUAGGGCACGGCAUCCCAGAGCUAUGCCUCCUGUGGUGGCGGAGGAUGAAGAGCAGAGUGAAGAACCGAAAGAAAGUGGAGACAGCCGAGGACAGCAGAGAGAUCAGCGUCUGAUGGCGCUGUGGGAAGGGAUCAGCUGCUGUCCGCCCCUCUGUUGCUUGAGUCUGAGUUCUCAGCUGUGGUGUAGGGAGCCAUGUAUGGUGUAUUGCGCCAGCAAUAAAGCAGACCGUGAUUAUCAGUCCUCAGGUCUCACCAGAACUUGGACCCCCUGUUCUAGACCCACAUCAGAGAGUCCAAAGGAGGUAGACGCACCCAUAUGACUGGUUCCAGUACCACGGGUGGCCAAACUGGAUUCCCCAAGCCUCACAGCCUGUGCUGCCUGUCUGCAGAGCGCUGCUGAAGUGCUAUUGUUCUUAACGAUCCCUUAAGUAUGUUACACCUACCGCAACAAUCCUCUUAGUGGAAGCUGUGGGGAUGGCUGACAAAAGGGCAAGGUGUCGUUUUAAUACACCUGGGUGUUAGUCUGGAUGGAAAGAGCAGGGCUCAGGGCAUGGGGAGAGGACACAGGGCUCUUGGGCUCAUUCAAGGCUUUAUCCCAUACUGUACACAGGUGGGAUCCAGCCACUGUUGGGGGAGCAACAUCCCUUGGCCCCAGCCAGAGCUGCCACCAGCCCAUCUCUCCCCAUGUAGCUCCAGAUCUAUCAGCCUUCCUGAUGGAAGAACUGCAGAGCAGAGAUUCAAACCUCAGCAUCCAGCUCUUCUUUGGUGCAGUCUGGCGGCCCCAUGUGGAUACGCUCAUCUCCUGCAGUCGACAUAAGUCUUGCUCAGGCUGAUGAGCCACAGCAACCCCAGAUGUGCUCAUUAAUAAUAGAGCACCAGCUGUGCAAAGGGUUGAACUUGGUGAUCUCCAGGAGUCCUUUCCAACCCAUACGGUUCUGUGAUUCUAUGAUUCCAUAAACAUGGGUGACCAUAGAUAGAAUGCUGUGCUGGGCCUCACCAAGGCAUCUCCCUAAUUCCUGGCCUCAGCACCUCCCUGGUUAAAUCAGGUGGCUGCAGCACCGAGAGCAGCUUAUUGCCUUGAACACAGCUCCAGUCGUGCUGGCAUGAGGAUAAGGUGGGGAUCACCACGAUUAGCGCCGAAGCCAACAGCUAAGAGCUCGCUGAGAGCUCAGGCAGCUCUGAUGGCGCAGAGCUGCGUCCUAACUUGUCUCCUUCUGCUAAGAGGAUCUGGGCAGUGCAGUUAGAGCAGGGUAUCGUCUGUGCUUUGAGAGAGAGCAGGAAAAGGCUGCUGGGUGAAAUGCUGCAUCUCUGCCUGCUCUCUGCAUCUGGAGCAUCCUCACAUGCAGCAGCAGCCCUGUGGCCACAUGCCCAAGAUAUCCCAACUGUUACAGGCUCACACAGCAGGGCUCUCUAUCCUCCCCCAACCAUUAUACUCACUCUUGUAGAAAAGCCUUGUAGAAAAGCGAGUAGAGUAGUACAUAAGAGUAGUUGUUCCUAUCUGUAGCCUUUUAUGCUGUAUGGGCUGGUGCCACCCUGUGGCUCCGUCCAUGGGAAGCCUUGAGUUGGGAAGUAAAUAGAGCCUCAGUUUGGAGAAAGAAUGUUUGGCAAUUAUAACUAGAUAACUCGAGCACAAGGCAGCUGCUCUCCUGGACCAGCCCUAGCAAUGAACCUUGAACAGGUUUCUUCCUGCUAUCAGGCUGGAUUGAGACAGAAGAGAUUUAAAGACAUGUAAGACAUAGAAUCAUAGAAUUACCCAGGUUGGAAAAGACCUUGAAGAUCAUCAAGUCCAUCAAGUCCAUCCCUUUUAUCAACUCAGCGUGUCCACCAGCAAAGAAGCAUCUAUUCAAGAAGCAGUGACACGGACCAGCCCCAAGAACCCAAAGAGACACCGCCACCACAACACAAGCACCCUCAGAUGCAGUUAGCAAGGAAUAAAUUUAUUUUUUUUAAGACUUAAAACCAUUAUUCUUAAUAAAUAAUUUGUUUCUCCGCAUGCCACACCCCACCAUGGCAAGACAAGAUGGUUUGGUCUUCCCCAUUCAAGUGUUUCCGCUCCCCCAAGAAGCUGGGAUCAGCAACCACAUCAUUUCCAACAGCUCAGACAGAAACCCACCCAGCUUCACAGCAGCACGAGUUGGAAACGGCACUGGACGUACACUGAGACCAGGGCUGCUCACACCUGGCUUAACCACAAGCCUGGCAGCAGAGAUGAGCCAGCUUCCUUUCCAGCACUGAUUUAAGCAGCUAUUUUUCUAGCUUCAAGGUGCGUCGCAUUAAGGCACCAAAAACCCAGGACUCUCCAAAAGAUAAAGCCUGUGCAGAUAGGAACUGGUUCCAGUUCUUCCAGAGGCGUUUUUCUCCUCCAGCACAACACGUAGUUGCAGAAGGUAAGAGAGGAAGCCCUGCUUCCGUGUAUUUGUAACUUUGAUUUCGUUCUUCAGGGUAUGUUCUUAUGGGCUGCACCAGCUCACAGCCAACAGAUGCUGCAUAGGUGCUAAGGAGACCGAGUGACAUCCCAGGGGUGAGGUGGGACAUCCAACAGCACGAGAGAAGAGCCAGGGUAACACAAGCUGCAGAGAAUCAACCAUCCAGCCUCCACUUCUGCCCCGUGCUGCCAGCACAAUGCUACCACCUGAACAAGGCCCAGCACGGCUUGUGUGUACCUCCUUGAUUGUAUUUCGUUGCAUUUGCAUCAUAAAUUCAAGCACAGCCCAAUUCUUUCUGUGCACUUCAGGUUUGUUUUGCUUAUUUCCUGUACAAUGUCAGUACAAUAUUCCGUGUACGCUACUUUAUUUAGUAACUCUGAAAACCAUUCCCCUCCCCCCCCCUCCCAGGCGAGCCAUCAUCACAGACACGGAGCCAGACACACAGGGUGCUGCCUGGGUGGGGGGGUUAAGUCUGCAUGACAAUGAUCUGAAUUCACACACACACACAAAAAACCCCAACAACACGCCAAAAACGAAAUAAAAAGCAUUAAAUAGUAGUUACAGUUUGAAGGUUCCCUAAAGCAGGAAUAAAGGACUUCACCUGCAGAAGGAAAACAUGCUGUGACGGGGUGUCCAUGAACCACGCCGCACAAUGAUCAGUGUGUAAGAGACUUUGUUCCCAUGGUAGAUUACAUAUGCACAAUCUGCUGUGCUUGUUUGCUUCCGGAUGCAGCCUUUCCAGAGCCUGGGUUUAAGCUACACUCUUCAUUCAAGCACAGAUCUUCAUUAAAUAAAUUGAACAGAAAAGAAAAUCAGCGUUCGAGUCUUCACCACCCCACUCAAUUAACUCAAUUAUAAAAAUGCUUUAAAAAAAAAAAAAAAA